GCUCUUCGUAUGAAAGCCACUGAUGGUCUUCCUCACAAGUUCUGCAGAUGUGUGGCGGUGUUUUUGAGAGAGAACUUUAAAACUUUGAAUGAAGUGACUGCAAAGUGUGUUCAUGCAUCAGGAGACAUAUAAGGCUUUGUUCCGGACCUGUGCAGAAAGAAUGGAUCAGUUCUGGACGCCGUUCCUUUUCCUUUUGGCUUGCAGUGCUGCACUCAGUCAAGGAGCACAUUUAAAUACUGAUGAAUCUUCCAGCAGUACUUCAACUGUACUUCACUCGCUCGGUUUACCUCAGCACACAGAAUAUGAGUUUGUAGCUCCAUAUGAGGUCGACCACCAAGGUGUGUACAUCUCCCACAAGAUUGCCCACCACCAACGCAGACGACGACGCAGAUCGCUCUCUCCAGCUGCAUCCUCGUCAAACGCUGAUGGCGACAGUGAAACGACUCACAUCCGCGUGAGCGGCUUGGGGCAAGACUUCCACAUGGAGAUGAAGGAGACCUCAAAGAGUCUGAUUGCACCUGGCUUCAUCAUCCAGGUCCUGGGAAUCAACGGCACCGAGAGCCUGAGGACUUACCACCAAGACGACCUCUGCUUUUACCAGGGGUCACUGAGGUCGAGGGUCAAUUCGUCGGUGGCGCUGUCCACAUGCACGGGGAUGACAGGUUUGAUCCGCACUCAGGAUGCAGACUACUUCCUGAGGCCAGUAUCCCGCGACAUUGCCCAUAGAGAGAACUUCACAGCACCUCCCAGCCACCAGCCACACAUCCUUUACAAGAAUGACGGGAACACUCGCAAAGAGGACAGAGGCCAUCACUCUCGGGUGCUUCAGAAGAGAUCCCCAGAUUCAGCUGCUCACAAGUCAGAUCGGAACUUAACUACUAAAAGCCAAAACGACUCACAGACAAAUGAAGACCUGCAGGGAAACCAGCAAAGUGAACCUCUCAGCAGUAAUGACAGACAUGAUCAGCAGCAGGACCAACAUGCCGGAAGUGAUUACCAUAAUGGCCAUUGGCAAGAUGAUGACUACACGCACAAAGACAGGCAGAGGCAGCACUUCUGCGGAAGACGGAAGAAAUACAUGCCCAAACCUCCAAUGGAGGAUCUCUUCAUGCUUCCAGAUGAGUACAAGUUCAUUCCCAGGAACAGGAGAGCAGUUUUUAUGAAGAACCAAAGUGACCAAAAGCUCAAUGUGGAAACGCUGGUGGUUGUCGACAGGAAGAUGAUGGACAACCAUGGCCAUGAGAACAUUACCACUUAUGUUUUAACUGUUCUCAAUAUGGUGUCCAGUCUCUUUAAAGAUGGAACCAUAGGAGGAAGCAUCAACAUUGUAAUAGUGGGACUUGUGCUUCUAGAUGAAGAGCAGGACGGAUUGGUGAUCAGUCACCAUGCAGACCACACACUGAACAGUUUCUGCCAGUGGCAGUCCACGCUUGGAGGCCGGGAGGGUCAGCGCCAUGACCACGCCAUUCUUCUUACUGGACUUGACAUCUGCUCCUGGAAAAAUGAACCAUGUGACACCCUGGGUUUUGCUCCAAUCAGCGGCAUGUGCAGCAAGUACAGGAGCUGCACCAUUAAUGAGGACACUGGUCUCGGCUUGGCAUUCACUAUUGCCCAUGAAUCUGGACACAAUUUUGGAAUGGUCCAUGACGGUGAAGGAAACAUUUGUAAGAAAUCAGAAGGCAACAUCAUGUCUCCCACAUUAGCAGGUCACAACGGUAUCUUCUCAUGGUCCGCAUGCAGCCGCCAGUACCUCAGCCGCUUUCUCAACUCGGCCCAGGCUUUGUGCCUAUCGGAUGAACCCCAAGGAGUCAAGGAGUAUCAUUACCCUGAGAAGCUGCCAGGCGAGCUCUAUGAUGCAGACACACAAUGCAAAUGGCAGUUUGGGGAAAAGGCCAAGCUCUGCACCCUUGAUUUUAAGAAGGAUAUCUGCAAAGCUCUUUGGUGCCACCGUGUUGGGAGGAAGUGCGAGACCAAGUUCAUGCCAGCAGCAGAAGGCUCGGCCUGUGGACCUGACAUGUGGUGUCGAAGGGGGCAGUGUGUGAAACAGGGCGAUGAGGGUCCAAGGCCCCAGCAUGGCCAGUGGUCAGAGUGGUCGUCUUGGUCCGUCUGCUCGCGAAGCUGCGAGAGUGGUGUCACCUAUCGUGAGAGGCACUGCAUUAAACCAAGACCUGCUUAUGGAGGAAAGUUCUGUGAAGGCUCCUCCAGGUCCUAUAAGUUGUGCAACACUCAGGAUUGUCCCCUGAAUGCCGUUGAUUACAGAACACAGCAAUGUGCUGAGUUUAACAGUAAACAGUUCAGAGGAUGGCACUACACCUGGAGUCCAUACACAAGAGUGGAUGAUCAAGAUAUAUGCAAGCUUUACUGCUUUGCUGAAGGCUAUGAUUUCUUCUUUGCCCUUGCAAGCAAAGUCAAGGAUGGGACACUUUGUUCACAGGACAGUUCUAAUGUCUGUAUUGACGGCCUUUGUGAGAGAGUGGGCUGUGACCGCGUGCUGGGCUCCACGGCUGGACUCGAUGUUUGCGGCGUGUGUAAAGGAGACAACUCCACCUGCAAGACCUACAAAGGGCAAUAUGCGAAGCAGCAUCAUUCUAACCAGUACUAUGGUGUGGUCGUCAUCCCAGCAGGUGCUCGAAGUAUACGGAUUCUAGAACUGAAUACUUCAAGCUCUUACUUGGCUGUCAGGGACACCCGGAGGCGUUACUUCUUGAAUGGACAUUGGACGGUGGACUGGCCAGGCAGACAUCCUAUUGCGGGAGCAAUUUUUGAAUAUAAGAGACCUUACAACAGACCAGAAAGCCUCUUAUCAUUUGGCCCCACUAAUGAGACGCUUGUUAUAGAGAUACUGUUGCAAGGUUUGAACCCAGGGGUACUUUGGGAAUACACCCUCAAUAAAGCCGAUGAUGGAAGGAAUCAAAUAAAACACAAUUAUACUUGGGCCGUCAUACGCUCCAAGUGCUCAGCAUCAUGUGCCGGAGGCCAUAUGGACACCAAGCCCGCAUGUUACAAAAACAUGCAAGUGCAAGUUAAUACGUCAUACUGUAAUCCCAGAUCAAGACCAGCUACAGGAGUGAUGCCCUGCAACACCCAGCCAUGCCCGGCCAGCUGGUCUGAAGGGGCAUGGGGGGCGUGCAGUCAGAGCUGCGGAGGAGGGGAGCAGACGCGGCAAAUCCAGUGUGUUCAAAGAAGCAGUCCGACCAAAGAAGACACCAUUGCUGACUCUCACUGUUCUCAGUCGACCCCAACCAGGAGGCAGGCCUGCAGCACCCACAGUUGUCCACCAGUUUGGAACUCGGGCCCAUGGUCACAGUGUUCUCGCAAGUGUGGCAAUGGCUUGAGGAAAAGGACAGUGCUGUGUACAAGACCCAACAUAAGUGCGCAGUCACACAGGCUGGCGGACAGUUUUUGUGCAGGCCUGCCGAAACCUGCCAGUCAAGAAUCCUGCUUUAUAAAACGUUGCCAGAAACAACGCAAAGUCCAGUGGUUUGUUUCAACGUGGCAAGAGUGUUCAGUAACAUGUGGUCGUGGCUAUCAAGCCCGUUUCAUCAAGUGCGCAGAAAAGGACACAGCAGGCAAAUACAGAGAGCUCGCAGCCAAAAAGUGCCACCAUAUACCCAGACCUAUCGUCGAGCUGCAAAGGCACUGCAUCUUCGCGGAGUGUCCAGUCCGAACUACCCCAUCAGUCCAGCGAUGGAACGCACAUCACUACACUCAUGCGCCUCUGCCUCUCCCACGACCAGAAUGGCGCACGACUCCUUGGUCUCAGUGUACAGUGACAUGUGGAGGUGGCGUGCAAGCCAGGACAGUCCAGUGUCUUGCACAGGGCAAGCCUUUUCCUGGCUGUGCCCACCAUCUGAAACCCUCAAUGUCCCAGGCCUGCAAUACCAACUUCUGCCCGCAACCUGACAAAAAAGAUCUGGCAUGCCGGGAUUAUUUCAACUGGUGCUAUUUGGUGCCGCAGCAUGGAGUGUGCAACCAUAAAUUUUAUGGCAAACAGUGCUGUCAGUCCUGUUCCAGGUCAAACUUAUAGUGACAGAAGAAUGACUUUGUCAGCGACAGACAGGAAGGUGAAAAAGACUAUACUUGAUGCUUUUGCUUGAAAAGUUGUGUUUGUGCAUUACACAUGUAAAGAAGCACUGACACACAAAAAUAAAUUUCUAGUGGGAGUAACAGAGAGCCAUGACGUUACCUUUUACUCUCCUUGCGGUGCGGGACAUCUGACUACAUGGACUUCAUACUGAGUGUGCUACACAGGAAUACGAUCAGGACAGUGAAAUAAGAAGACCGUUUGGAAGAACAAACAAUUUGGGAAGGUCCAAAUAAUGCAUCAAUGAAAAUUGCAAAAACUCCCAGUGAAAUACAGGAGAGGUUCCAACAUAUGAAGCAUCGUAGUUGGCGCUACAAUGCGUGAUGAUUAAGGAAUAAAGAAAAGGGACGUAGCAAAAAAGUCAAUUGUACUGUAAAACUUGAAGAAAAAGUCCAAAGUGGAUUUUGUAAUAACACGAUCCUCUAUAUUGGAAAGGUUAAAGAAAAUGCAACCUUUGAAUGACUGAGUACACUUAAUCUUUACUCAGCGGUGCUACAAUGCUGCAAUGUGACAUCCUCACUUUUCAUAAUUGAACAAAUUAAUGUUGUGACCCAUGUACAGUACUGUUUGUGUUAUUUAUUGGCUUUACAAUACAGCAUUGCUGGAAGACUGUAUUAAUAAGCACUAUAACUGUGACCUUUUAUUACUCUCCGCUUAGCCCAUUUAUACUUUGUAUCCUGUUUUAUAAGAGCCUGACAAACAGCGCCAUUUAAUUUUUUUUUAAAUUAUAUUUUUGUAGAAUAAAUAAAAAACAAUGAUUUUUGACCACAGUACCCGAUGUGACAAAUUAUUAUGGAGUGUGAUUAGAGAGUAUAUGGUUUAAUAUGAAUGGUAACUUUUUUUUUAAUAGAACUUACUUUUUUACUUUAAAUCCCACAGUUCCAGAUAGAAAGUAAGGAAACAUAUUGCGUUAAUGCAUUAAUACAGGCCCAGAAAUACUGUAUUAUACUUUGGCCAUAUUUGAAAGAACUGACAGC